GGCUGCAUGCUGGGAGACGUAUCUCCGCACGCCGUUGGUCCUGUGCGGUGGCGUCUGUGUCGCCCAGGUCACGUCCCAUACUCGGCAUGUCGGGUCCGGCCGGCGGGUUGUGGGGUCUCCACGCAGGGCUCUGGGCGUUACUUCGCAGCCUCAAUGCUGCGCUCCUUCCUGGCCACGUGCGGGCCCUGCACGUCUCUUCUGUCUCUUGCGGCAGCAAGAACCUGCUCAAGAAAUUUGCCUCGAAAUCCAAAAAAAAGUUUUGGUAUGACGGUCCUUCCUUGGGGUCUCACUUGGUGGAGACUUACACACCCUCACCAUCGAAGUUCGAAUUCCUGAUGAAGAAUACUUCAAAGAAAGCCAGGAAAGAAGACCAAGUGCGCCUGAGGGCUCUGAACGGCCUCCUCCACAAAGCGCUCACUGACCUGCUGUGUACCCCUGAAGUGAGUCAGGAGGUCUGCGACCUGAGCGUGGAGCUCUCCAAGGUCUCCCUGACUUCAGACUUCUCAGCUUGCCGCGUGUACUGGAAGACAACUCUCUCCACUGAGCAGAACUCGCAAACACAGGCUACCCUGCAGAAAAGCGCUGCACGCAUGAGGCACCUUCUGAUGUCCCAGCAGACACUGAAGAACAUGCCCCCGAUAGUGUUUGUUCAAGACAAGGAAAACGCAGCCCAGGCAGAAAUUGACCAGUUAUUGGCCAUAGCUGACUUUGGACCCCUAGAUGGAGAUCACUUUGUACAAAACGACUUCAGGGACCCUGAUGCCCCACCACUGUGUGGCACUGCGGAGCCUGCCGCGCAGUCGAGUCUGUAUGGGAUCAAUCAUGAGGCGCUCAACAAGAAGAUUGCAGAGUACAAGAAGAAAAAGGAGAGCAGGCAGUGGCACGCAGCUGGGCCUGGGCCAGUGGCUGAGCUGGUAAAGCAGAUGAUAAAGAAGAAGAAGAAAGCCAAGCCCCGUGGAGACCAGGACAGCUCCCUUAGGAGUUACCUGGCAGGUGGGGAUGACCUGGACGAUGCCCCAGGCUACGAGUGCCACCCUCAGGACUCAGAGGAGUGGGAGGCAGAGAGAGGGGGUAGCACAGAUCAGGGCCGCUGCUGGGGAGCCCGGGAGGAGUAGGCGACACAGCACCAGUUCUGCCUGCCAUGGCUGCAGAAUGCGGACUCUGCUCAAGUGUGUUAGAGAGGGUCCACCAGCAGGAGGCACAGCCUGCAACCAGGGAGGCCACUGGUGGUGUCCUCCGUUCUGCUGCUUCAAUGUUUCCAGGAGGCCAUGUAUCUAAACACGGUUUCCUGUAGGAAAGUCACUGGUGUUUUUUUCUUCAGUGCUCGGUAUGUAAUUAAAAAAAUAAACAGCUGGCUCUGCACCUGUAGCUCGGUGGUUAGGGUGCCAGCCACAUACACUCCGGCUGGCGGGUUCAAACCCCACCCAGGUCUGCCAAACAACGACAACAACAACAACAACAAAAUAGCUGGGUGUUGUGGCGGGCGCCUGUAGUCCCAACUACUUGGGAGGCCGAGACAGGAGAAUCGCUUAAGCCCAAGAGUUUGAGGUUGUUGUGAUGCCACAGCACUCUACCUAUACUCUGUUUCUAUAUAAAUAAGUAAAUAAAUGAACAGCUAUCUUCACAAAUUGUCACAAAAUGAAAAUAGUAAAAUAACAUCUCAGAGAUGGUGGCCUGGGCACUUCUCCCUGCCAAACUGGGCCAGUGGCACUGAGUUCUUGGCCUGUGGGGCUGGGCACAACGCUGUGGAUCCCCCAGCUGUCUAGAGCUGCCAAGCCUGACCCAGUGCUUGGGGCUCUGUCCUCUGACUAGAUCUCCUAUAGUUUUCACUCCCAGUUGAGACCAUGGUUGAGCAGAAUGUGUGAGUUACUGAGUUUGAUGGGGCUUCUCAGGCAACCCUGCCCAUGAUGUUGCCCCCUGUCACACCUGAGCAGUCACAGGCUUUCCCUUUGGUACCUGUGGCCAGCUAGUGUGUAUUUCUUAAAGUCCAUCCAAAUGUCCAGCAGACCUGGUCUUUGCCUUCCAAGGGAUAUAAGCCAUAAAGAGUAUCUAUCUAUCCUACUAAAUUCUUUGUAUAGCCUCCAAGGCAGACUCACUUUACUGUUUACUGGAAGAAAGACACACCACCCCCUAUAGAUGAUCUUUUGGUCUGGCCCUUUCCUAUGAUGCCCAGGCCCUCACUGUCAAGUUCUAAAUUCCCCGCUGGCCUGGAACCAGCCUAGCUCUGAGGUCAGUGUUGACUCCCUGAGCCCACAUUUCCUAGUUUUCUGUCAACACCAUGGGACUAGGAUUUCUUAUUUAUUUAUUUUUUUUGUAGAGACAGGGUCUCACUUUAUGGCCCUCGGUAGAGUGCCGUGGCCUCACAUAGCUCACAGCAACCUCCAACUCCUGGGCUUAAGCAAUUCUCUUGCCUCAGCCUCCCGAGUAGCUGGGACUACAGGCGCCCGCCACAACGCCCGGCUAUUUUUUGGUUGCUGUUUGGCCGGGGCCGGGUUUGAACCCGUCACCCUCGGUAUAUGGGGCAGGCGCCUUACCAGCUGAGCCACAGGCGCCGCCUGGGAUUAGGAUUUCUUAUAUGUGUUACUGUAAGGCCUGAGAUGGCAUACAGAAAGCGUCCGAACGUGAUAGGUGCUUGCUGAGUGGGAGGCAGUCUGUGCUGUGACAGCAGGUGCUGAAGUAGGCCAUGUGGAGGCCUCUGUGUCGCCCCUCACUGAACUAUUGACAGUGAUGGGUUCAGGAAAGGAACUGGGCAGAGACCAGCAGCAGCCAGUAGACAAGCGUCCACCUUCCUUGUCUAUUCUGCAAGAGCAACUCACAUCACAGUAAAAACAUGUUUUGGGUUGAUGGCAGUACAGUUCCCAGGGUAGGGCUGGGCCUGGUACUGGCCAGAGUCCCUCAGCAUUCCUAGAGUGAGGCCAGCAUUGGAACCUCAAGGUGACUUCCCUUGGUGGAUUUCUCCAGUGUUAUCCCUGGGAUAGAAUCUCCAGCUCCCUCAGGCCUCAGGCUCCUUUCUUCCCCAUUCCAUUGGCCAGGAAGGGAAGCCUGGAGUUUUUGAUAUCAAAAACUUCAGGUAUUCUGUAAAGCUUCCAGCCACCUUGAAGGGGAAAGGGCUUGCGUGGAUUAUGGGGAGGAAUGAGGGGAUGGGUAGGAAGAAGAGACAGAGGUGGAGGAAGGAUGGUAUAUGCCCACAUAAGGGUAUAGGGAGCAGAGACCUUUCAGUGCUUGGCUUGCAGCAGGUGCAGAAGGAGAGUGGAAGCAAAGAUGGCUCCCACGUUUUCUCGUUACUGCUUUAGACGCGAUGACCAUAAAUGUCUGUGUUCUGACACUGGUAAACAUAUUGCAGUAAAUUAAUUUUCUAUUUCUAGAGAUCAUUUUAUAUUUUUUUGAGACAAAAUCAGAUUCUCUCCGGGUAGAGUGCCAUCAUCACAGUUCACAGCACCCUCAAACUCUUGGUCUCAAGUGAUAUUCUUGCCUCAGCCUCCCGAGUAGCUGGGACUACAGGCAUCUACCACCAUGCCCGGCUAUUUUUUAUUUUAUUUAUUUAUUUAUUUAUUUUUAAGACAGAGCCUCAAGCUAUUGCCCUGGGUAGAGUGCCAUGGCAUCACAGCUCACAGCAACCUCAAACUCCUGGGCUUAAGUGAUUCUCUUGCCUCAGCCUCCCAAGUAGCUGGGACUACAGGUGCCCGCCACAAUGCCCAGCUAUUUUUUUGUUGUUGUUGCAGUUUGCCUGGGGCUGGGUUUGAACCCGCCACCCUGGGUAUAUGGGGCCGGCACCCUACUCACUGAGCCACAGACGCUGCCCACACGCCCAGCUAUUUCUGGAGACAGCAUCUCGCUUUAGCUUAGUCUGGUCUUGAACUCCUGAGCUCAAGCAAUUCACCAGCUUUGGCCUCCCAGAGUGCUACGAUUACACCACAGCCAGUCUAACUUGAUUUUCUUUUUACAGCAAUGGUAUAUGUUCUUUGUCAGAAAAUCUAGAAAUAUGAUACCACCAAAAUGAAAGAAUGAAAGCCCCAUGUACUCUUAUCUCCCAGAGACAAGCACUGUUAAAUUUGGGUAUAAAACUGGAUGUGGUGGGGGAUGUCUACAGUCCUAUCACUUUGGGAAGCCGAGAUGGUAGGGUUGCUUGAGCCGAGAACUUGAGGCUACAUUUACCAUGAUCGUGCCUGUGAACAGCCACUGCACUCCAACUCAGCCAACACAGUGAGACCCCAUCUUUAAGAAAAAGUUGGGAGAGCUCGGCACCUGUAGCACAGUGGUUAUGGCACCAGCCACAUACACCGAGAUUGGCGGGUUCGAACCCAGCCCAGGCCAGCUAAACAACAAUGACAACUCCACAAAAAACAUUGUGGCAGGAACCUGUAGUCCCAGCUCCGUGGGAGACUUGGGCUUGGGCAAGAAAAUCACUUAAGCCCGAGAGUUUGAGGUUGCUGUGAUCUGUGAAGCCACGGCACUCUACCAAGGGUGACAUAGUAAGAAUCUGUCUCAAAAAAAAAAAAAAAAAGAACAGGUGGGAAGGAUUUAUAUAUCUUUCCAGCCUUUUUUUCUGUCAACGUAUUUACAAAUGGGAUCACUUUGCAUAUACCUCUUUUAAGAUAAGUUUUUAUUUUGGAAUAUUCCCAAACGUACAAAGAAGUAAAAGUCUAGUAUAGAAAAGUUUUUCUAAACCAUUUAAGAGUCACCAGCCUACUUGAUACCUGUAACCACCAUUGAUGUGUAUUUUUUUUAAUGUGUAUUUCCUAAAAACAAGGACAUUUUCUCACAGAACCACAGUGCAACCGUCAAAAUUGGGAUAUCAACACUGACAUUAAUAUACCCCAGACUGGUUAUAUAAUUUGUGGGGCCCCAUGCAAAAUG